UAUAUAUCCCCGAUUCUCAAUAUUCACCACGUCCUAAUCACUACACACAUAGAAAGAGACAGACGCUAGACAAAACAUAGUACCAAACUUCUUGUCUUUUGUCUUCUAUCUCCACCAUGGAAGCCAAGAAGUCAAACAAGAUCAGAGAGAUCGUUAAGCUUCAACAGCUUCUCAAGAAAUGGCGAAAACAAGCAAUUGCAUCAAAAGCAGCCAACAACAACAACGAAGACAACAAUAGCAGUGGCGGGGGAAGCAAGAGCAUCAAGUUUCUGAAGAGGACACUGUCAUUUACAGAUGUAACAGCUGUGCCUAAAGGGUAUCUAGCUGUUUCGGUCGGGUUAGAGAAGAAGAGGUACACAAUACCAACCGAGUACCUCAGCCAUCAAGCUUUCUAUGUUCUUCUGCGUGAGGCAGAAGAAGAGUUCGGGUUUCAACAAGCCGGUGUCUUGAGGAUUCCUUGUGAAGUUUCUGUUUUUGAGAGCAUAUUGAAGAUAAUGGAGGAGAAGAACGAAGGGUACCUGGUGACGCCAAUAACAGCUAAGCAGGAAUGUAAGUUCAAUGCAGCAGCAGAUGAUAAGACGAGUUACCAGCAUCCAUCAGACUGUCCUAAGACUCCUUCACACCAACCUCACAACAGCCCAAUGUGCAGAUAGUUUUGUUCAUUGCUUGCUUCUGCAUCUUCUUUUUCCUCCUCUUGUGCUAAUUUGAGCCAUUCUGCUUAUUCCCACUUUUUCUCUAGGAAUAUGGAUUUGUGUGCUUUAAAAUUUCUUAAUUCUGAGUAAGGGGAGAGAUUUCUAAAUAGUGGAAUGUACAAACAGAUCAUUGAAACCGUGAUGUGGACCUCUGUUCCUGGAGACUCUUUAUUCUUUCUCUGCACUGAUUUCAAUUUUUGUUGCACUACCUCUGACUGAUGAAAACUUAAAACGGCUCUUUGAUAUUUCUCUGCUCUGGUGGAAUUUCUCACAAGAACCCACCAGCCCAUUGAUCUAACCAUCUAUUCCUGAUGACAAAUGCAGUAGACUCGUGGUACAAUAAAAAAUCAAAUACUGAAUAAGUGAAUCAAGCAAAAACACUAUCUGAACUUUUACACAAAUUUUCAUAGAUCCUUUGUAAUCCAGUCGUCUGCAUUUGCAGCACAAGUCAGUAGAAACAUAUCACGUAGGCAAGAUAAUUUAUGGUAACCGAAGAUUUUAUUAGUUUGGAAUACUAUAGAAGUUGAUCUAUAACCUCAGCAGAUAGACCCUUAUGCAACUAGAGGUAUAAUGAGUCAUACGAAUUAAACAUUUGCACUUUGUCGUUUAACUCUAAGCAGAAAUCAAGCUCAUAAUAAGCCAAAAUGCUACGCCUAUUAAGAAAUAAGAAGAGAGAGAGAGAGAACAAAAAAAGAAUAGAAAGAAUGGUUCAUGUUUCUAUUUGGGCAGUUUGCGUUCUUUCCGGAACAACCAUGUGAAUGGAAGUUGCAGAGUUAUGUUAAAGUAAUCAGAGGUUUAAAAUAAUAUGAUAAUGUAAGGAUAACAAUAAUUACGGAAUGGUACUUUUAAUCACCAAGUGGAAUGUUGUUUUUAAACUAUUCAAAGGCAAAAGUACGGUAUCCUAAGCUUCUCUUACAAAAACUAAAGCUAAAAUACGGAUGCUUAGUAAUAUAAUAAGCUAAUAGCAGAGUCACAGAAAAAUUCUUACAUAAACUAAC